GCUUAAUCAUCCCCACAGGCUUUAAAAACAGCAGGCGUUUAACUGUCUGUUUAUGUGGGUCACAGGACUGUGGGAGGACAGAGGUGGAUUCAGUCCAGCCAGCCAGGGAGGGACAAUGCAUUCUCUCUCAACACUGUGGCUGUACAUGGCCAUGCCAGGUCUGUUGUGGGCCUCACAAGCCAGUCUACUAGUGGAGGGUGACAAUGAUGCCUCCAGGAUCUGCAAACCCGCCCCCCACUGGACCAUAAAGGGACAUGCACCCAUGGCAGAGCUGCUGGGGAAUGUGGUUGUGGUGGCGCUACUCAAGGCCAGCUGACAGUUCUGUCUCACUCAGGCCUCCAACCUCGGAGGCUUGCGUGCCAAGCUGAACCGCAGCAACAUGUCAGACGUGUCAUUUAUGAUAGUAAAUGAGCGAGAUGCUCAUUCCAGAGCCAUGUACUGGGAGCUGAAGAGGAGAGCGCCCCCUGGUAUUCCUGUGUACCAGCAGUCUCCCUUUCAAGAUGACGUGUGGGAGGCUUUGGAUGGUGACAAAGAUGACUUCUUGGUCUAUGAUAGGUGUGGUCUGCUCACCUUCCAUAUAGUGCUACCUUACAGUUUCCUGCACUCCCCCUACAUAGAGGCUGCAAUCAGAGCCACUUAUCAUAAAAACAUCUGCAAUUGCUCUGCUUCUACUUUAUCAAGUAGCAAAAUCACCACUUCAACAAACGAGACAACGCAGUUUAAUGUCAGCCAGACAGCUGCAAUACCUGACUUGGACACUGAUGUUCCAGAUCGUCCUCAUUCUCAUCACCACCACAACCACCACAACCACCACAACCCCCAUCAUACCAGUCACAAUAAUUCAUUUUCAUUUCAGUCAUCAUCACCACCACCAACAGCAACACCAAUACCCACAACUGACUCAAACAGUGAUGAUACCAAUUCUCCUCAUUCUCAUCACAACCACCACCACAACCACAACCAUCACAACCACCACCACUACAACCAUACCAGUCAAUAGUUAGUCCCAACAGCAGCUUGCUACUUUGUCUAGUUAGGGCAGGUUUAAUUAGUAUUAAUAUUUUUACUUUGUUGACAGAACAUACAGCAGUUCACUGAGCACUUUAAUGUGUUUAAACAGCAAUUUGAUUGUCAUUUCUCUGUUAGCGUGUCCACUCCUCACACCUCUGUGUGGCUAAAGUAGCCAGUCCUACCCGGUCUUCUUCCAUUAAUGAAGUCUAUGGUGUAAAACCUGCCUGCAGGAGGCUAUAGAUGGAUGUGUGUGGAGAGAAUGGAUGGACUGAUGGUUACUGUCACCCAGGCAGAGUCAGAGGAUGCUGUACAUGGCUGCUGAGCAAAUCUCAGUCACAUUACUGUGCAAACAUUUUUCUUCAUGCUCAGUUUCUGCUUCUCUUAAUCCUGGUUCAUGCAGGAUCUGAAAGAUUACCAAAAGAGCUUCAAGAGUUUUAAGUGUGGUACUUGAUUCAUUUGAACUGAAAAGCAUUUUGGAAAGUGCAAUUGAACUUGUAGUGAAGUAUAAUUUACAUCACUGAGUUAACAUAUGGUAUAUUGUUCCAUUUAACAAUUUUUCAUAUUUGCUGUAGAUUUGAAACUUUGUUACUUCACUACUUAUCGAGUAUUACCUGAAUGUACCUGUUCACCAUUUUAAAAAAAUACAUUUUUUAAAUGUUUCUUUCAAGCUGUCUUUAAAAUCAUUAAACUUGCACCAAUACAGUUCAUGUACGUGAUGAUGGAAGGUUAAUUUCCCCUCUUUGAACCAAAAAUCUUUGUUAGAUGAGAAAAUGUAUGCCACUUUAAAGAUGUAGCUAUAGCCAACAGCCGGUUCUUAGUCUAUGAAGAUGGGAAAGAAAACAACUAGUCCAAUUCUGUCCAAAGGUAACAAAAUCUGCUUAUAAUUAACCAAAGUGUAAAAAUGAUAAAUUGUGUUUUUACGGGGGAUUACAUGCUCAAACUAUUUAUUGACUGGAAGCAAUAAGCCCUGCAGUCUGCAGAUGCCAUAAACUCACAUAUGCAGCCUACAAAUUAGUGCUGCAGUCUGGCAUCAUGGGCAGUUAUAAAGCAGCAGCCUAUAAGAAAAUCAGAAGAGGCAAAAGAAGAAAAGAAAGAAAGAAAGUGGAACUACAGUUCAAAUACAAGAAACAAGUAGCAAGGUCUAAGGUCUGUGACUGAAGAUACUGUACAUAGAGAAGGCUGCAUAAAUUCACACCUAUGGCAGAUUUUUGGAUUAACGCUCUCAAUCACAUCAUCAAAACAUUAAAUGAGAAAAUACCUUUGUCUCUUCAGCAGAAUUCAAUGAACUGUUCUAUCAUCUAAUGAUGUGACAUGCCUACAAUUAUUAUUCAUUAAAAAAAAAACAAUUUUAGACUUGAAUAUGAACAGUUCAUGGUAGUUAUUCUUGUGAUCCGGAGCUGAAGUGACAGCCCAAGUAACAUUGGAAUUGUUAAUGAGUUGUCACAGAACUUGAAGGCAUUAUAGGACUUGCUCUGUCCAGCUACGCUUGACCUACACAUUGAUUUUUUGAGUUUGAGUUUGGCUAUCCAAAGCAGAUGAAGAAUACCUGUGACGUAUUCCACUUUUCUCAGGACUGGAUGCUUUGUAUCUACAGUAUCAAAGAAAGUACAGUCCCUCAAGAGAACACUUCUGGCUUGAAAUCAACUGUGUAUCACUGAAAAUGUAGGUCUACUGGAAAGUGUGCACUAUAACCAGCUUCUUUCUGCUUGAUUUAGUGUAUAAUUUUGACUUUUUGAUUUUGAUUAAAAAAAAGUCUCCAUACUAAAUAUUUGAACAGACC